GUCAAAGCAAUAUUGAGUUCACUUUGACAUAGCAGAAAAAAUGGGGAGGAAAAUACUCAGGAAAGUUACUGAGAAGAAGAGGCCUACCUUCUUCCAGCUUAUUCAUCCUCGUCUCACAACUGAACAUCUGAGAAUCCCACCUAAAUUCACCCUGAAGUACAUUGCAAAAGAUCUGUCUGAAAGGGCAACAUUGAAAUUGGAGCGAUCUUCAGAGUGUUCAUGGAGUGUGAUAGUGAGGAAAUCAGGAAGAGAUGUGUAUUUCAAGGAUGGGUGGCAGGAGUUCUUGAGAGAUAACUCCUUGGGUGACAAAGAAUUCUUAGUGUUCAUCUACGAUGGAAAAAUGCGAUUCAGCGUAAAGAUUUUCAACAAGAAUGGGUGUGAGAGAAUGGAUUUCCAUAACAUUAAAGCACAUCAAAAUUCCACAGUUUCUAAGAGUAAUAAAAGGCCUAGGGGUAGACCAAGAAAAUGUAGCAAAGCCGAUUCAGCUGAUAAAGAGGUCAAAGAAGUAGAAGAAGAAGAAGAUUACAAUGACAACCCUGCUCAGGAAUAUGCUGAAUUGUUUGAAUCUGAAGUCCGCCAGUUUACAAGCACCAUUUAUGUACCUCACAAUGUGUCAAUCCCGAAAAGCUUCUCUACAGAGUAUCUUUCUCCGGGUGAGGUCUCCCUGAGAAACUCAAAGGGGAAAGAAUGGGUAGUGAAAAUUGUCGAUUCGAAUGGAAAACUCUGCUUUUCUGCAGGUUGGAAGGCUUUUGCAGAAGCCAACCAAAUCAAGUUCCAUGAUGUAUGCACGUUUCAGCUUGUGAGUGAAAAGAGAUUGGUGGUUCACAUUUGUAGGAAGUGAGUUUGGAGUUGUUAACAUGGUGAUCUAGGUUGUGGACUUUAGGGUUCUAUUUUGAUCAGCCAUAAGUAAUGUUGAUGCCAAUCAGACAUAGUAGUAGUGUUCAAAUGGCCUGUAUUAGUUCUCAUUUUGUUUUGGACUGGUUUGCAUAAUUGCAUUACAUGGGUACAGUUUGGAUAUCGGUGUUGAAACCAGUAGAAUUGUAACAGGUAGGGUGAAUUUCAUUAUCU